CGUCCCCAUUGACAUAUUUUGGCGUCCACAUGCACACUUUGAUGGGUCAGCUGUGUUCGUCAGAGGAGGAGUUUUCUCAAGUGAAGGAUGUGAUUGGCUCUCUCCUGUUUGAUACCAUGUUAGAAGGCGGGGCCGUACCUGACCUUGCUGUUGUCCACCGUCUCGUGUUAGCUGAUCAUAAUGAACCACGUAACGCCAAAACUCGCCUCCAGGAACAACUGAAACAGUUGCAGGUCAACAUUGGAAAGAGGGCACCGACAUACCUGAGAGAUCUGAUUGGCCAUUUGGCGGGCUUCUCGCAUGAACCACGCCUGGCGGGGCUGGUGGGAUUAGUAGUUACCAUGGUGAUGGACAUGGCGUGCAUGUCAUCGGAGAAAUCACAAGGGGUGGCUGGGAAAUCAACCGGGUCUUCAUCAAGUCAGCAGAGAGUGUGGGAGCUGCAGGAGCUGAUGGAGGAGUAUCUGAAGCGCAGCAAGAUUAACCUGAGUGACAGGAAACGGCUGAUCGAUGACUCUGUCAGGCUGGAAGCUCAGCUCAGCUUCACCCUGACCCAAGUGAAGACCUGCUUGCUGGGGGGAGACUGUGACUCCAGGUCUCUGAGACUCUGGGCCAGCGGAGCAGUGUUUCACAUUCAGAUGUUGGUGCAUCUGGCUGGCUUGGAAGGCCAGGCAGAGCCCCGGGCUGCAGAGGCUGCACUGGACCAGUAUAAGGAAGACCUCGGACAGAUCAUCCCGGUUUACAGGUGUUAUAAGUCCAAUACAGUACGAGCGGUGAAGCGUCGAGGGGGACUUUUGGCAUCACAUGUCCCAUCCGGUGACGUUGGAGAAGAUGGUGCCAUGACGGGUGUCACGGUAACAGACAGAGAGACAGGAAAGAGUGUGACCAUCCCUCUGUCUGAUCUGGAGACAGAAACAGGUAGAAGAAGAAACACUUCCACACCUGUAAACCUGGACCUGAUCACCUCAGAUCAGUACGCUCAGGCUUAUCUGGACCAGCUCUUCUCCAAGAAGGGGCCUGUGGUGGAGCUGGAGAAUGACUUUAUCAAAGCAGUGACAUUCUGAGCCUUGUCAAAGCUGAUGUCCAAACAGUACCGGAACGAGAAAAACGACAUGAAGAACAAACAGAGGAUUAGUGCAAAAUCCGGGGCAAUGCAGAAA